GGAUGAUUUUUGUAAAUCAGCCCCUAGACUAGAGUUUGCUGGUUGCAUAGUUUGCAACAGAUUCCUCCUCACUGGAGCUCUCCUUUCUUUCUUCCUCGAGCAGACCCCAACCCGGAACCUAUAAAAAUGGCAACUUUUCUCUCAACUCCCAUCAUUCUCUCUUCCAAGCCCUCCUCUUUUCUGCUCAAUUUCCGAAACCCCACAUCAAAAACCCUCUUCCUCCCCUCAAACUCACGCCCCAAAACCCCCAUUUUGAAGAAAAGAAUGCCUACACAAAUUCAAGCGUCAACCCCUGAUCUUGAUCCGGGCUUGCUGCAACAAGCUGUUCAGCUGGUCCAAUCAUCGCCUCCCACUUGGCACUCUGCCCUCCUCAGCAACGCUGUGAUCUUUCUGUUGGGCUCGCCAAUUCUUGUUUCUGGGCUAUCUCUGUCCGGCAUUGCUGCUGCUUUCUUGCUUGGCACUCUUACUUGGCGUGCCUUUGGCCCUUCCGGGUUCCUUCUUGUUGCAACGUACUUUGUCAUUGGCACCGCAGCAACGAAAGUGAAAAUGGCUCAAAAGGAGGCUCAAGGGGUUGCCGAGAAAAGGGAAGGAAGGAGAGGACCAGGAAGUGUGAUUGGAUCGAGUGCUGCCGGCUGUGUUUGUGCUCUCCUAUCAAUCUAUGGUAUUGGUGGAGAGGCAUUUGCUCGGCUAUGGGGACUUGGAUUUGUUGCCAGUUUCUCUACUAAACUGAGUGAUACUGUCUCAAGUGAGAUAGGGAAAGCAUAUGGCAAAACAACUUAUCUAGUCACAACAUUCAAGAUAGUCCCCAGGGGGACUGAAGGGGCCGUCAGCGUUGAGGGAACUUUAGCUGGAGUUCUAGCUUCAAUUCUUCUUGCUUCUAUUGGUUGUCUUAUGGGUCAGAUUCAUGUAUCGGAAGUCAUCAUAUGUGUGGUUGCUUCCCAGAUUGCUAAUGUUGGAGAGAGUAUCAUAGGUGCAGCACUCCAAGAAAAAGAAGGAUUUCGAUGGCUCAACAACGACAUUGUCAAUGUCAUCAACAUAUCCAUGGGCAGCAUAUUGGCCGUCCUUAUGCAGCAAUUAAUACUGCAAAGCUGGCGAACGUAACAAUUACAACUCCAUGGCCCGCAUGCAUAAUUAACUGAAUUAAUCAUCUAUAUGAUCUCCCAGCAGCAUAAGCUCGUAGAUGCAGCAUUAUGUACCAAAAGUUGUUCCACAGAAGGGCAAGAAACGGAAAGAGCGUAGAACGUUGAGAACAUAGCAUGACUAGACAUGUUGAUAGUUGCAAAAAUCUAAUUUCCUGCCUUGUAAAUCCCAUUAUUUUCACUACUAAGAAUAAGAAGGAAUAUUAAUGAU